UGUCGCGAUGAUGAUCACUGGCACAUGUACAGUAGGCCCCUCCUCUGGUGCCGCAUGUCUACCGAUUGUAGUAAUUCGCUGCACUUCGAACCCAAGAAGCCACCAUUCCGAAGCCCUCGCUUCUCAAAUCCAAACAGCGCUGCGCACUAUGCAUCAGCACCCGCGAUGCACGGUCCCCAGGAAGACAUCAUAGCCACCGUACGAAUGAACCACCAUUCAGGAACCCAUUCAGCAGACGUGCGACAGCAUGCGUGCACUGAUUCCAUCUGCCAUCUCGCCCGGCGCACGGAUGCGCGACAAGAGUUGAGUGCCAAUAACUACCUCCAAUAGAUAACAGCCUCUCUCCUUCGUGCCCGGUCGGAGACUUGGAAUCCGCAGUGUAGAUCCCCCUUCGUGGCGCCUUCAGAGACAGAGGCUUCUAGGGCACGCUCAUGGAGCUUCCUCAGUCACCACCAGUCAUGUCCGACACGCCGCCGCUAGUUCUCGAUCGUCCGACGCCGAUCCCUCAGUCCGUCUUCCAAGGGACAUACGGUGGCUCGCUCAUAUGCAGCCAGUUCAUGCUGGUUUUUUACGGGCUAUCUGUUCUGCAGACGUACCUGUAUUUCCUGAAGUAUGAGAAAGACCGUAUCUAUCUGAAGCUACUGGUUCUCGCACUAUUGUGCUUAUCGACUCUACAUUCGAUUCUCGUAUGCUACACCGUGUGGCGUUACCUGAUUACGAGCUACACUGACGUGGCCUUGAUCAUUGACGGGGAAUGGGCUUGCUAUGCGGCAACGUCUGUUGGGGUCCUGGUCUGCUUCCUGGUUCAAUGCUUUUUCGCAAACACAAUCUACCAACUGAUGAAUGGAAAAUGGAGAAUCAUCGUCGCCGCUCUCAUGAUCUGCUUGAUCUUGGCUCAGCUCGGCUUUGGUAUCACUCUCUCGGUCAAGUUCUUCGUGAUCUGGAAAUUGUCCCUCCUCAAGGAAACAGUUUACAUAGCGAUGAUCCCGCUACUCUGUAUCCGGAUGACGACGGAUGCGGUCACCGCGGCCACGUUAUGCAUAGUGCUGUACGACUCGUCGACGCACUCGGGCUUCGAGAGCUCUGUGAAGCUCGUCAAGAUGCUCAUUACGUAUGCCGCAAACCGAUUCGUAGCCACAACCAUUAUUGUCGUAGCGCAGACAAUCAUACUAAUCGUGAGGCCCAGCGAAAUCUGGGCUAUGGUCCUGGGGUGGGUCACGGUGGACAUCUACGUGAACAGCCUGUUGGCAACGCUGAAUGCGCGCGAGCACCUGCGCCAGAUAGGGAAAGGCUCGUCGAUGGCCGUCGAGCCGUACGUGGGGUCGGAGCGGUCGGGACUGGAGUUCCGCUCGGGGGCGGCCAACCGCUUGCACGACACGGUGAACCAGUCGACGAGCCUGAGGGCGACGCUGGCGGAGCAGGUGCGCAUCGACUUCAGGAGCCUGGGCCACUCCGGCGGGCAGAGUCCCGAGCUGGGCGACCUGGAUGACAAGAUCAAGGCAUCUGAGCAUGCCGCCAGCAUCAGGAAAAUCCUCACCUGAGGAUUCCCGGGCAAUCCUAGAUAUUCUCAGUAAAAGUCAAGAGCAUCAGUAAUCGUCCAUCAUUCUGAGACUAGA